CUAGUCUCGUCGUUUCCAAGGAGAGAGCAGACUUGGAUUCUAACCCACAGCAGCGGCUUUAGCAGAGCGUGGAAGGCGAUGGAUGCUGCUCUCUUCUCCCCUUCUUCUCUCUUCCAAGAAACAGAUGGUGAAGAUGGAGCAGACACUGUGGAAGUGACUACGACAGAGAGGGAAGAAGGGAUCGGAGAUGUUGGGUCGCAUGUGGCGGAGAGAAGGCAUUCUUUCCCCGGAAUGGAGCUGAUGAUUCGAGAAUUUUCAUUUCAUUAUUUAAAUGCCAAUUUGCUUUGGCCGGGGACUUUUACCUUCAGCGAAUGGUUAGUUCAAAAUCAAUUUCUUUUACAAGGACAGCGUAUCCUGGAACUUGGGAGCGGUACUGGAGCUUUAGCCAUCUUUCUCCGGAUAUCUUUUGGAGUUAACAUCACAACAUCAGAUUUUGAUGACGAGGAGAUUGAAGAAAACAUAGCUUACAAUUGCAGAAUUAAUGAGUUAGAUGUGCUGCCACAUGUCAGGCAUUCAUGGGGGGAUGUCUUUCCAACUGCGGAGCCCGAUUGGGAUUUGAUUAUUGCUAGCGAUAUUUUAUUAUAUGUGAAACAGUACCCGAAAUUGAUAAAAACCCUGUGCUUUCUCCUCAGUUCCCGCAAACCAAGAGAUAACAGGGCAGCUGCUGGUAGUUCUCAAUGUAACCAAAGUGUAACAAUAUCAGGAAAGCAAAUACAAUUGCAGCAGCCAUUUUUCUUGAUGAGCUGGCGGCGCCGUAUCGGCAAAGAUGAUGAACUAUUCUUCUCCGGAUGUGAGGAUGCUGGUCUGGUAACUGAACACCUAGGAUCUCGAGUGUACUACAUCAGGCCUAGAAGGCUUAAUGGCUAAAAGGCCAGUUGCGCUAGCAUCAAUAAUAACACCAAGAGUUAUGGUACCAAUCACCGACACGGAUAUGAUCAUAUUGUGAUUUGAGACGAAGCCAAUUUCAUAGAUAACAUAUGUAAUGUACUUUGAGCCGUCAGUUACCAUUUUACUUGCUGAGGUGUGAGUGAUCAGUAAGUAGUAGGUGUCUUGUUCCUCUUGAUAUUAUUUUUAUGUUUUCACCAUAAAUUUUCUUCCUUCCUCUCGUGAAAUAUUUCAGUCCAGCAGAUGGAUAAUUAAUCCCGUUCUUACUUGUUGCAUGA